GAUGGAGGAUUUGGGAGGGGCCUGCCCAGCCACUGGGCUGGGUCUGGGGCUUUUGGGGUCACAACGAGGGAGACUGUUGAGGAGAAAAGCCACCGAGGAGGAAAGGAGAAACCACAGACAGAGAUAGUUCAGGCUCCUGGAUCAAACCACACCUGAAGGCCCCACGGCAGCAUGGCCCCCCGCCUCGGCCCGGUGCCCCUGGUGCCCCUGGUGCUGCUAGGAGCCGCCCUGUGUGGUGAGUGGACCUGGGCCCAGGGGACCGGGCGGGCGGGCAGCCGGGGAGGGGAGGCGCGGCUCCACCUGGACGGGGGCUCUGCACCCGAGGGACUCCCCGAGGCGGGAGCGCCAGGGCCGAGCUCUGCCCACGCGGGGCCCACGCAGGACGCAGCCCCGCGGGCCGAGCUCGCGCUGAGCCCGGAGGCGCCGCGUGGGGCGCGGGCUUGGCCCAGACCCCCGUCACCCGCCCCCCGCCUGCCCCUCCCCCCCGCAGCCGCGCAGCCUCGUGGGCGCAUCCUGGGCGGGAGCGAGGCCGAGUCCCACGCGCGGCCCUACAUGGCGUCGGUGCAGGUGGACGGCAAGCACGUGUGCGGCGGCUUCCUGGUGUCGGAGCGCUGGGUGCUGAGCGCGGCGCACUGCCUGGAGGACGUGGCCGACGGGAAGGUGCGGGUGCUCCUGGGCGCGCACUCCCUGUCGCAGCCGGAGCCGUCCAAGCGCUGGUACGACGUGCUGCGGGCGGUGCCCCACCCCGACAGCCGGCGCGACACCAUCGAGCACGACCUCCUCCUGCUGCAGCUGUCCGAGGACGCCGAGCUGGGCCCCGCCGUGCAGCCCCUGCGCUGGCAGCGCGAGGACCGCGACGUGGCGGCCGGGACGCGCUGCGACGUGGCGGGCUGGGGCGUGGUCAGCCACACGGGCCGCCGGCCCGACCGCCUGCAGCACCUGAUCCUGCCGGUGCUCGACCGCGCCACCUGCAACCUGCGCACGUACCACGACGGCACCAUCACGGAGCGCAUGAUGUGCGCGGAGAGCAACCGCCGGGACAGCUGCAAGGGCGACUCCGGGGGCCCGCUGGUGUGCGGCGGCGUGGCCGAGGCCGUGGUCACCUCGGGCUCGCGCGUGUGCGGCAACCGCAAGAAGCCCGGCAUCUACACGCGCGUGGCGAGCUACGCGGCCUGGAUCGACGGCGUGAUGGCCGGGGGCGCGGCCGCCUGAGGAGGCCCGGGGGGCGGCGGGCGCGGGGGCCGAGCAAUAAAGUCCUGUCCUGCAUGA